ACUAGUCUGGCUAAUCGGUGAGGUCGGUGAGGUCGGUGAGGUCCGCGAUUUGCUGCAAGCGAAACGCCUGAAUUAGAAAUGGAGGUGACCAUGUGCUGUGAUUAUUAGUAUUUUUAAAUAACUAAAAAUGUUUGUUCCGGACGUAGAAAUAAUUGUUGGAACUUACGAGGAGUUUCUGUUGGGAUAUAAAACUAUUAAAAAGGAAGACGCGAAAUGUUAUUUAGUUCAGAGUUUUGCUGACCAUUCCCAUCGAGCAAGUAUUCGAAGUGUGUGCGCAAAUGGUAAAUUUCUGGCAUCAGGGAGCGCAGAUGAAACCAUUCAUGUUUAUGAUAUGAACGCUCGCAAAGAAUCGGGAAUCCUUGUUCACCAUAUCGGUACUGUAAAUUGCCUGUCAUUUUCACCAAAUGGAUCUCAUUUACUGAGUGGCGGUGAAGAUGGCAGUAUAGCCAUAUUCCGAACUGGAAGUUGGCAGUUGGAGAAAGUGUUUGCCGAAGCUCACAAAGGUGAAGCCGUAACAUUGCUGAGUGUCCAUCCAAGUGGAAAAUUAGCUUUGUCAGUGGGUACUGAUGCCACCCUUCGAACCUGGAACCUUGUCAAGGGACGACAGGCCUAUGCUACGAAUUUGGGAAAGAAUCGCACUGGGAAGGGACGAGCUGUGUCUUGUUUACUGUGGUCACCAGAUGGCAGCAUGUAUGUUAUAGCUGUUGGUACUGAAGUCAGCGUGUACGAUGUGCACACAGCAGGCAUUAUGCACACAUUCCAGUUGGCAAAGAAGGUCACUUGCAUCUGUUUCUCUCAGGUCACUCAGCUUGUUGUUGGGGAUGAAGGUGGAGGGUUGUCAGUACACAGCAUAUCUGACAGAGAGCAGUUAAACACAUUUGAUGCUCAUAAACACAGAGUAAAAUCUGUAAGUUUCAUCAGCAUCAAAGACAAACAUUUUCUGGCCUCAGCUUCAAGUAGUGGUCAGAUCAAACUGUGGAAUUGUAAGGGUGGGAAGUUGAGAGAGAUUUGCCAUACUAACAGUGACUGUCGUAUCACCUGUCUGCUGAUGCUGGAAGCACCACAGUCUAGACAACUUAAUCAGAAACAUAUAAAAGAAGAAUGUAUGCAAACCCAUUCCACUGACAUUUCUGCUGGCAGUGAGACACGUGUGCGAUCAAAGCGUCUGAGAAAAGAUGGUGGGGAUUCACAUCUGGCCAGCAGAACACUUGAUGAUAAAGCAGUAAAUAGAAAUUCAGAGCUCUCUCCGACAGCUUGUUCGUUCAAUGUUAUAUGUACUAGAGGGCAGAAGUGGUUGGUUGAAGAGCUGUAACUUCCUCUCAUUGAAGUGAAUAGAGUCGCUGUGUGUAACUUUGGGACAGAAAUGAUUGCAGGGACGACAGCCUGCUCCUCCAUUUCGUGACAGUUGUCACUGAGGCCACAGACACAAGUCCCUGUCACUGAGGCCACAGACACAAGUCCCAUCGAUGGUGAGGAUGACAGCACUUCCCCCUCUCUCACUACUGUUGAUUCAUGUUCAACCCCUUCUAUUCCAUAUCAGCCUGUCCAAAACUAUUGUUUUAAGCCGUUCAGUCUUAUGAGUGAAGCAUUGCUCUUACAGCCACAGUGUUGCCUUACUUAACAAUAUUUGCUAAACAUGCUUGGCAUUAUGGCAGUUUCCCAAAAGUACACU